AUGGGGAUUGGAUGGAUUCUCGUAUGGGAUUUCGCAUUUGGCGCGGUUCUGGUUUAUCAUCCAAUUAUUUUCUUUUGGCGUCCGACCGCCUUUGAGGGAGUUCACUCGCCCUUCUCUCAGCCGCACAUGGUGGGGACGGGGCCGCCACUGCGCUGGCCACUUCCUAGACGAAGAGACAUAGACGACCAGACUGACAUGCUAGAUGACGCACCGAAGACGAGGAGCAACACUUUGCAGCAGAGGCAGCAGGCGAUGGAUGGCUGGGUGAAUGGUUGCAUUGCAUGGCUGUCUAGCAGUUUCAUACGAGCGAGCAUUUUGCAUCGAGGCAGGAAGAAAGCCCAAACCGGUAGCUGGAAUGCAGACGGGGCAUUUAAUAUAUCUCGACGACCGGUUUGGGUGCAGGACGACGGACCCUGGCGAAUGUGCAAUGCACGCUGCGGGGUCAAAACGGCCUGCUCCUCGCGCGCUCCCAGCCAGAGCGGGGAACGUCAAGGACCGAUGAAUUUGAGGCUGACUGGAGCCGCGAACUACGAGCUCUCGAAGCUCUCAUGUAAGCCUACUUGCUGGGCUGCGCCUCCAGCUCUCGCUCUACGGCGACAUCUCGCUGAUGCUCCUGCUUCCUCCGCCAACCUCCCACCUCUCACAACUGCGCGCGUGUUCCACGACGCCGCUCUCGUGUCGACCGCACAGCCUCUUUCUGCGCCCGCGAUAGCUGCGGGCGUCGCAGGUGGCAGCCAAACCAGACCCCCACCAGUCAGUGUCAACAGCCCUCGUCAGCACGCGAAGGCGAGGGCGUCGUCGGCCUCGAGCGCAUUGUCCAGAAGCUUCAUGGCCAGACGGCCCCUGAGAUCGUCUUCCCCAUGCCACGCCUUGGUCAACACAAGCUCAAGAUCGGCACUCUUUCUCCACCGCCUUGAGGCUGAAACUCACAGAGCCGCGUCCGCGCCCCCCCUCCAUGCCGCCUCCCGUCAUGUUUCUGCUCUCCCUUUCAACUUCAACUUUCAAGAUAGCUCCCCAAGCAAUCAAACACAUGUAAUUUUCUGUUGA